AUGCCUCAUAUUCCGAUAGAAGAAACAAAUGAGUCUUCUGCUGUAUAAUUAAAUUUAAUAAGUCCUGGGACAUUUAAACUCAAUGCCCCUUCACGAACCGUUGUUUCCUCUCCAAGGAACUAUGAUUUGAAAAAGAACUCUUAAUUAAACUAAGAAAAUCUCAAAACAAUAAGGUAAUCGUUAGAGUUGGUAUCGCAUCGAGAAGGUGUGCUUAGAGACAAAUUAAAACGAUUCAAUCAAAAGUUGAAUAAGCCCUCGCAUUACUUCAGUAUGAUAAUAGAGGAGACAAAUAAGAAAAAAGAGAUACAAGGCCAGGUAAAAGAUCAAGCAAAGUAAAUGCUGAAGGAUAAGAGAAUGGAAAUAGCUAAAGCAGGAAUGGUGAAACUGAAAAAAUAACUUGAUAUUUUAGAGAGUGAAAUCGAUUCGGUUAAAAUGCCUAUUAUUGAGACAUUUAAAACAAAUAUACUGAAAUAGAGGGGGAAUGCUUUCAAGAGAACAAUAAAAGGUUCUGUUGAUAGGACUAUUCAAGAAGAGAUAAUGCUGCCUUAAUUGUGCAAGUAAGUGCAGAGAAAAAUAUAUAAGUAACAACAACUUCUGUGA